ACAUUCAUGGAAGAAACAAUUAGCAAGGGUGAUGCAGAGCCUGCCCCUACAACAUUUGCAGGAGAGACUGAGUGGUACCUUCCGCAUCAUGGCAUUUAUCACCCCAGAAAACCAGAAAAGCUGAGAGUUGUAUUCGACUGUUCAGCCAAAUUCCAUGGUGUUUCUCUAAAUGACACUUUACUGACUGGGCCUGAUCUUAUCAAUCCUCUGGUAGGAGUUCUCUGCCGCUUCAGGAAGGAGGCUGUAGCGAUCAUCUGUGAUAUCGAAAGAAUGUUUUAUCAGUUCUCUGUCACUCCUGAAUCCCGGAAUUAUCUGAAAUUCCUCUGGUGGGAAGGUGGAGAUUUGGAGAAGGAACCACAGGAAUACAGGAUGGCAGUUCAUCUCUUUGGAGCUGCCUCGUCUCCAGGAUGUGCCAACUUUGGCUUGAAACAUCUGGCACGCCAACACAAAGCUACCUAUCCACUAGCAUCAACAUUCAUAGAGAAAAACUUUUAUGUUGAUGACGGGCUAGUCAGUGUUCCAUCGGUCGAGGAAGCCAAGAAACUGAUCACUGAGUCACAGGAGUUGUGCAAAAGAGGAGGCCUACGCCUCCAUAAAUUCAACUCUAAUGAGGAAGCAGCCCUCGCCUGCUUAGAUCCUUCAGAAAGAGCAGCAACCAUUGAACCUCUAGGACUGGAUCCAACCCCAUCAGAGCGUGCACUCGGCAUUCAAUGGUCGAUUAAAACUGACACUUUCAGUUUUAACAGCAGCUUGAAAGCUCAGCCUUCAACCCGGCGUGGUUGCCUUUCUGUCAUUGCCUCUCUUUAUGACCCACUUGGAUUCAUCGCUCCAUUCAGCCUAACUGGAAAGCGUAUACUUCAAGAGCUGUGUCACAGAGGCAUCGGAUGGGAUGAUCCACUACCAGAAGAUAUGAGACCACGGUGGGAGGAGUGGAUAAAUGGGCUUCAGAGGUUGAAAGAGGUUUCAAUUCCGAGAUGUUACCACCCAUAUGACUUCCAUAACAUUGUCAGAGUAGAGUUGCACCAUUUUUCGGAUGCCAGCUGCGUGGGAUAUGGUGCAUGUUCUUACCUCAGGUUCAAAAAUGACAUGGAUAAAGUCCAUUGCAGUCUCGUGCUGGCGAAAGCAAGGGUUGCACCCUCAAAGGUCACAAGUAUCCCGAGACUAGAACUUGCAGCAGCUGUGGUUUCUACGAAAGUCAGUGUCAUGUUAAAAGGUGAACUUGACAUAAAGAUUGAUGAAGAGGUUUUCUGGACCGAUUCAAAGGUGGUGCUUGGGUAUAUUAACAAUGAUGCCCGUAGGUUCCACAUAUUUGUUGCGAACCGUGUUCAGAUGAUAAGGGAUAACAGUGAUCCCAGUCAGUGGCACUAUGUGGACACUGCAGAAAACCCGGCAGAUCAUGCUUCCCGAGGUCUUAGUGCUUCAGACCUUCAUUCAACAAACUGGCUUCGAGGACCGAAGUUUCUCUGGGAGAGUAAUUUACUUCUAUCACCCAGCGCUUCAUCAGAAUUACUUGUUGGUGAUCCUGAAGUCAAGACAAUUCAGGUGUUUGCAACAGAAGUCAAAAACUACAAUGACAUCCUCAGCCGUCUGUGUCAGUUUUCUUCCUGGACAAAAAUUCUUAAGGUGGUGGCAAGAAUCAAGAGACUGGGGUCUAAACAGAGACAACACAGUGAGUAUGUGACUGUUAAGGAGAUUGAGAAGGCUGCAGAUGAAGUGAUUAAGAUCGUACAGCAGCAAGCUUUCCCCCAAGAGAUAAAGAUGCUUCAGGGUAAAAAGGACCUUCCAAACUCAAGCUCUCUUUUCCGUCUCGACCCUAUCUGGUCUGAAGGACUCCUCUGUGUUGGUGGCAGAUUGAACCAGUCAUCGCUCUGUCAUAAAGUCAAGCACCCAGUCAUCCUACCGAAUAGCAGCCACAUUUCUAAGCUUAUUGUGUCUCAUUUUCACGCUAAGACAUGCCAUCAGGGUCGAGCCCAGACUCUAAUGGAGCUUCGGGCCAAUGGAUUCUGGGUAAUUGGUGGGAGCAAGUUGGUUGCUAAGGUGAUACACACUUGUGUGCUUUGCAGGAAACUGCGAAGGCCAACAGAAAGACAACGAAUGGCUGAACUUCCCACAGAACGCGUUGAAGCCUCAGCACCUUUCACAUACUGCGGCAUGGACUGUUUCGGUCCUUUCAUUGUAAAGAAAGCCCGCAAAGAAUACAAAAGAUACGGCGUGAUUUUCACAUGUAUGUACUCUAGAGCUGUUCAUAUUGAAAUGCUCGAAGAUUUGUCAACAGACUCAUUCAUCAACUCAUUGAGAUGCUUCAUCAGCCUGAGAGGAGCUGUUCAACAACUUCGCUGCGACCAAGGCUCUAAUUUUGUUGGCGCAAGGAAUGAGCUCAAGGAAGCACUUAAACAAUGUGACAUUAAGCUUCUGGAAAUCUUCCUGACAGAGAAGCAGUGCGAAUUUGUCUUCAAUGCUCCCUCUGACAGUCCUGCAGGUGGUGUCUGGGAACGCCAGAUCAGAACUGUUAGAAAUGUGCUGAAUGCCGCCUUUGCACAGUGCCCAGGUCGACUGGACGACGCUUCCCUCAGAACACUGCUAUAUGAGACCAUGGCUAUCGUUAACAGCCGCCCGUUAACAGUGGAUGGAAUCAAUGAUCCACAGGCACUGGAGCCUAUAACACCGAAUCAUCUCAUUAUUAUGAAAUCUAAAGUUGCUCUUCCUCCUCCUGGAGUAUUUGUCAAGGAGGACCUGUAUGCGUCAAAAAGGUGGAGAAGAGUUCAGUAUCUCAUCGAACAGUUUUGGAGCCGCUGGAAAAAGGAGUAUCUGCUGAACAUAUCCUUGAGACAGAAAUGGCACUCACCUCAGCGCAACCUCAAAGUGGAUGACAUUGUCAUUAUUAAAGAUGACAACCUCCCAAGAAAUCAGUGGCAACUUGGACGGGUGAUUGAAACUGUUCAAAGUAGUGAUGGCUUGGUUCGUCGAGUUAAAGUGCAAGUUGGUGAGCGGAAACCUCAUAAAAAACAAGAUCCACCCUCCAAGCCCUCAGUUAUUGAGAGACCAAUCAAAAAAUUGGUGCUCCUCCUAGAGAACUGAUUAAAAGAAAGCGAUUUACAACACUGCACAAACUGCUUUAUUAUGCAUGAUGCCAUAUAGUUACGCCUCUGAUAGCUUAACUUCAGGCUAUUAAUUUCUUAGCAAGAAAUCCUGCACAAUUCACUUACUCUUUGUAUAUUUGUUCAUUCAUUGUACCAGGAUUUGGUGGGAGUGUAAAUGUCUUUAUAAAUCGCAUUAAUAUCCUACACCGUAUAUAUACAACAUAUAUAACAUUUUAUAUUAAUAUUUUAAGGCAUUAUAUGUUUAACAGUGUCACUUUGUCUGUUCUGCUUUUAUUUUGAAAAAGCGCUGUUUUCUUCUUCGGAUGGUUUUUUUUGUGACGCUAAACUUCCGCUAUUCUCUCGUCACAAUGUGGUGUUCGCAUAUCGUCGGAAGAACGAGCUCCGAACUGUGAGGGUGUGUCAAGCUAGAGCACAUGGUAGCUGAUGGCAGAAACUCUUUGAUUAGCGCCCUUGGAAAAGCGGAAUGAGGUAUGAAGGAAAAUAUGUGGAGUUUGUAUUAUUAUCAAAAGGGAUAUUGUUUAAGGAAAAAAGAGAAUGUCAGUACUUCAUUUGUUUAUGGGUUUAUUGCACGUCAUCAAUAUAAAAACGUUUAUUCUUUCUUUAAACAAUUAUAAUAUAUUCUGUUUAAUUUAAAAGAAGCAUGUGAUAUUUCAUUUGUCAUAAAGGCUUAAACAUAUUUCAUAUUGUUCAUUUGUUAAAAUAAUUUGUAUUGGGUGUAAACAUGAUUAAUAUGUGAAGAUGAUUUAUGUGCAAAUUAUUUGUGAAACUACAUGGAAGCAUUUUGUAUUUCUGUUUAUUCUGUAGUUUUCACGGUGUCCAGGUGCAUGGUGCUCAUUGAGAGGAAGAAAUAAAUUGACACCCGUUUGAAACUCUCUGCGUCUUGAUCAAUGUAUAUCCGAGG